GCGGUUGGCGGCGGCUCGGCAGGGCCCGCAGCACCGCGCAGCCCUUCCCUCCCCUCCGCCGGCCCGGGGGCUCCGGUCCCCUCCUCCGGUGCUGACAUCAACCCGGCCGUUACGGACACAUCUAUUUAUACCCUCUUCCCCCCGCCCGAGCGGCUGAUAUCGGAAGAGUGAUGUGAAUACAAUACGAUUCCAGGAAUCCCUCACUUCCUGGAACAGAUUAAAAGAGGCAAACAAAAGAUUACUUAGUAGGUUGGGGUUUUUUUCCCCCCCCUCGCAGCUUCAUUACUUCUGGAGUCAGGGAAGAAGCAGGUUGCUGCUCUGCCGGCUCUCUUUCCCCAAGCAUUCGGGGAGAUAUUAUUUAUUGGUAUAUAUUUAUUAUUAUUAUUUCAGAGCCCUCUGGAUUUUUUUUCCCCUAAAAUACUGCUCUGAAGGAAGAUUAGUUCCUCUUUAAAUAGACGUAAUUUUCAUUUUCUCUGGUUAUUUUUAAAAGCUAUUUGUUGUUGCUUUCUGAAAAGCAGAACAAGACUGCAUUAUUUGCCAAAGCACUGACAGUGCCCACGUUUUCUGGCCAAAGUUGCUAAACAAUCCGCGAAGUCUGGGACAGCCGGAGUCGCCUUCUGCUCGGCUUUUUCCGUGUCUGAAACACAACCCAGUGCGAAGGGGCUCGCUGGGACUCCCCAGUCUUACUGUGAACCCCUAACUAGGGGCUGGAACUAGCCUGCUGCUUCUGGGAACAAAAAUAAAAAGGAGACGAGAAGGAAAACAAGAGGAGGAAACAUUUCCCACCUUCUUGAAGACUUAAUGCUUUUCCCUUGGUCCAGGAGUGACAUGAUUCUCUGUGUUCAGGGACCUCAUCCUUUGCUGGCGGAGGAGAAGAUCAGGAGACUGUCACUCGGGGGCACUGCAGUGGAUUUGCCAGAGCCAAUCAUGCAGCCUCUCCCAGUUAUGGCCUUCCAGGAGGAGUCUGCACCUACCUUUGCAGCACCAGUUCCAGACAGCAACCCCCCUCAGACACGAGACCCUGAAGAAGACCUUCUCUGCAUUGCAAAAACCUUCUCCUAUCUGCGAGAAUCUGGUUGGUACUGGGGGUCUAUCACUGCCAGUGAGGCCAAGCAGCAUCUCCAAAAGAUGCCUGAGGGCACCUUCCUGGUACGGGACAGCACCCACCCCAGCUACCUCUUCACGCUCUCUGUCAAGACCAACCGAGGUCCCACCAACGUGCGCAUUGAAUACACUGACAGCAAGUUCCGGCUGGACUCAAACUACUUGUCCAAACCUCGUAUCCUGGCCUUCCCAGAUGUGGUCAGUCUUAUCCAGCAUUAUGUCAUGUCCUGCACGAUGGAAAGCAAGAGUGAGGCUCCUUACCCGCCUCCGUCUCCUCUACCUCCCAUGCAAAAAGAGAUGGCAGCAGCUGCAGUACACUUGAAACUCAUCCGCCCGCUCAGCCGCAAGGACAACAUCCCCAGCUUGCAGCACCUGUGCCGGCUACGGAUUAACAAGUCGACAGCCGACGUGGACCAGCUCCCUCUGCCCAGGCGGAUGGGGGACUAUUUGAAGCAAUACCCUUUCCAGCUCUGAAGCAUGGCCGUUGUAUCUCAGGCAUGACAAACAGGGACAGGAAUAAGAGAACUUUGUGUCUUUGUCCCACUGAAGUGCAGUGUCAGGUGGGCACAGUAAAGACCUGAUUAUCAUCAGAGACUGCAUCCAUCUUUCCUCUCCCCUUCUCUCUAAAACCAUUCCAGCACCAGGGAGGAGUUGGUUGCUUCAGUGAAAACGGGACACAAUCUGAACUCUGAACCUCAGGCUGCGCCGACAGUGGCUGUGAGAAAGUGCUGUGGGCAUGUGCACACUACUUGAAUCUCAGAGUUGCUGUGACACCAGAAAUGUUAACAUUGUUAUUUUUGCUAUUUAUUUCCAUGGUAGUUUCUCUCCUCGUGGUAUUUUAAAAGCACCUUUUACUUUAUUAUUUUUUGUUUCUUCUUCUCUUGUGGAAUUAGAGAUAAAGGCUCCCAGCUAAUGGGCAGCCAAAAAUCUGUGGGAAUUUGGAUUUGGAUUCACAUCCAAAUAGUACCUGUUUGAGCCCGUCCCUGUAAGAUGUCACAGGAGUCCACAUCCAAGCUCCCCCAGACUUCUGGGGUAUGUGGGACUCAGAUGACUGUAUCUAGACCCACCUCUACAGAGGUCAAGAAUAUCUUUUUUUCUUCCUUAGCUACAGAGGGCUGGGUAUUUAAAAGCUCAAACCGCAGUGGUAGCAGCUUGUGCACCUGCCAGGGAUGCAUGCUGCAUCACAGGUUGUGGGCAGGAGACUUCUUUGAGGAAACCCUUCUUUCUUAAGAGCUCUACACAGAGAUUCUGGAUAUUGAGCUGGCCAAGGAGCACUCAUCCCUUUUUUUUUCCAUCUUCCCCAUCUCUGAAGGAAGCUUUUAACAAAACAUUUAGAAACAAGUAAUCAGAAGCCAAACUUUCUUAUUUGCAGGCAGAGGGACUUGGUUUCAGAGCACUCUGCAUUUAGCUUGUGUUUUUAAAGUGCUGUUCCCUGACACUGCCCUUGCCUUGUGAGACCUGGGGCAAGAAUGAGGUCUCCUUGGCCAGGAGUUCAGAGGCAUGUCUGCUGAGGUGCACCGAAGACACACAGGGCUUCAGGAUACUUAUUUAUUUCUGAGGGGUAACAAGUGAGAAACACCUCAGAAGAAAGAGCUGUCCUUCCUCUCUGCUAACACAAUGCCAAACUGCCAGUCGCUUUGCUUCUGCCAGCAGCAUUCACAAGCCACAUGGCUUCAAUCAGAGCCAGGCUCUAGCACACACACUGGAAAUCACAACUCAACUUCUCUGUUUGCCAAGACUCCCCUUCUCCAACUUGCAUGUUUGUCUUAAAUUGAUGUUUUGCUCUGGGUUUCUUGCACCCCAUCCCUUUCACACCCCUGCAAAUGAAGCACAAAGGCUCUCCCUCACUCUCUUGUGGAAAGGAGGGAUGAACAGCAGAUGACAUUUGCCCAAAACCAAAUACAGAGGAGUUGCUCCUUCCUCUUCAUUCACAUGAACCUAUCACCUUCCCAGCCUGUAGGAGCCAGUUCACACCACGGAGCAAGAGUCAAGAAGGGAACUGACAGGUUCAGAAAUUAUCUUUCAGAAAUUAUCUUUUGGCUUCUUUUGUCCCUAAGACCCCAUACUUUCAUCAAGCAUGAAUCAAUGUUAAGGUCCUCAUUCAUCCCUCGCUGGGGCUGUCUCUCUAAGGUUCUGUAAAUUAGAAGAAACAAAUCCCAGUCAUACCUGAGGGUAGAAAGAAGAGGUGGAAAAGGAUGGGAUGGUGACCCAGGAGACAAGCUCAAAAGAUGGGUGGGACUUUCUUUCACCCUAACUUAAAGCUGCCCAAAGGGACAAGAUGGCCUGAUGUGUUCAGUGUCCUUUUUUUUUUUCCUCUUCACAUUUAUACAAGUUUGUGCUCUUGCAAGCUUUGUUUUUGAUACUUUGAUGAUUGACAGCGUGCAUGUGUGAUGUCAGGUUUGUUUUUCAUUACCUCCUUCCCCCUUGCCCCUUACGGCCGCAACAAUGGGAAGGUAUCAAAUGAGAAUGAAAACUUAGAAUAACUUUUUCUUUUUUAAUUUAAACAAUAUAAAACAUAAACCACUGAAAAGGCUUCCUUUUAUCCAAACACCUCUAUCUGCCUGAGGACACUGGGAACAAGGAAACCAUAGCUCUUCAAAGAGCAGCAGUGAUCUCAGGAAGCCCACAUAGCUUGGCCACAGGCUUGGUAUCUACAGCAUGUGAAAGAACAGUUUGAGAAAUGUACAGCGGGAAAGGGCAAGUUGUUCAGCUCUGAAACUUGCCUCCUACUUGAUCUUUACUAUGUUGCAGGUAACAAGGAAAUCAGGCUCAUAGGUUUGACCUCAUUGCUCCAAGAGAGCCUGGCUGAAAUGGCAGAAGCAUGUAACAGGAAUGAAUGACUGGUUACUCCUUCAGCAGGAUGGUGCAGAGGCUAAGCUGAAGGCUGUAAGCUCAUGUGGGCAGGGACCAGCUCUAUGUUUGUUUCACAUCUAGCACAAUAGGGUUCUCUAGGUGCUACUGCAAUACAAAGAAUAAACAAUACAGUUACUCCAAAAAGUCAGUUUCUUCUAUCUUGAGACAGUUUGUUAAAAAUAAUUUGACUUGGAUUUUAAAUAAACAUUUUAAGUAUA